AUGGCCUUCAUCGCUUCACUUAUUAUUGCCCUUUCCGUUAGCACUGCUGUCUGGGGCAUACCGACUCCUGACACGCAGCGUUUGAGCAACCUCAAACACGGUUCAAUUCCUGGGGAGUCAGACAUGUACACCAAUUACACCGGCAAAGCUGCACCCUUCCCGGGCAACCUCACUGCACCAAUCAAAGCCACGAGUACCGGUCCUGCGGGGCCUGAUGACGUCCUUUUCCAGAAUCUGCUCGGUGCCGAAUGGGCCAUUUACAGCUUCUACCAGCAAGGCGUAGAGACCUUCUCUUUCGAGGAUUUCACCAAUCUUGGCUUGCCAGAGACUACCUACGAACGGCUUGUCCAGAUCCGUGACAAUGAGGCUGGACAUCUGCGUAUCUUUCAGGAUCAAAUCUCGGCCAAUUCGGUAAAGCCGGGGGCCUGCAAGUACGAGUACGGUUUCACUGGCGCCGAGAGCUACCUCGCCUUGCAAGUCCUUUUGGAGGUGUCGAGCAUGGCGUUUUUGACCGGGCUUGUCCAAGAAGCGCAGACUAAUGCCACUAAAGGUGCUUUGGUGGCCAUCGCAGAAGUCGAGUCGAGACACAACACGUGGGCGCUGAUUGACGUAUGGGGAGCCAAUCCAUUCGCAGGACCGUCCGACACAGUGUACCCUUAUGCCAACCAGAUCUUGGACAUCACCAGGGUGUUCAUCGUUCCGGGAAGCUGUCCGUCCGGGAACCCAGUCUACCCUUCGCCGCAUCAGAACCUCCCCCCUCUCAGCUUCAACAUGACCACCAGCACAGCGCAGCCGGGUUCGAAGAUUGACUUUGUCUUUUCGGAUGAGACCAACGUCCCCGAUUUCAAAGACGAUAAGGACUACUACGCCGUCUUCUUCCAUGGGGUAAACAAUAUCAGCGUCCCGUUGGAUACCAAGACAAACUCAUCAGUGGUUCCGGCAGCGUUUGACGCGGCAAACGGGAUCAUCAUCGGUGUUUUGGCGGACGUGGAGGGAGCGCCGACUCUGGAGAGCGUGGUGGCCGGCCCCGUGUUUCUCCUUGAGCAACCACAGGCACUCACGCAGCAGGUCUAG